AUGACCCAGCUGUCUGUUGAAGAUAAGAUGUACACGGAAAUUUCACCUCUCUCCGCCAUCACCGACGGGGGCCCCAUUGAGUUUUUUGUCCCAGGCGAUGGUGAAAAGUAUUUGGAUCUCAACAAUACUUUGUUACACGUGCGCGUGAAAAUUACCAACGGCGACGGUACCGACCUGGCGAAUGAUGCGCCGGUGGGCCUUGUGAAUUAUCCUCUGAAUACAAUGUUCAGCCAAUGCGACGUGACUCUGGGGGAUCGACUGAUUUCUCAGUCUAGCGCCACACACCCUUACAGAGCCGUCAUUGAAACUCUGCUCAGCUUUUCAGGAGACACGCUCAAGAGCCAAUUUAGCGCGGGUCUUUUUUACAAAGAUACGGCGGGAGCCAUGGACUCUAUAGUGAUCAAUAAUGGGCCUAACAGAGGACUGAAUGAGAGAGCCUCCUACACGCCCAAUUCUAGAGAAGUACACCUGAUGGGUCCUCUCCACGGCGACCUCUUUUUCUGCGAGAGGCUCCUUUUGAACAACGUGGAUAUGAGAAUUAAACUGAACCGCUCCAGUGACUCUGUCUGCUUGAUGGGACCGCGCAACUCCAAUUUUCGUUUGAAAAUAUUAGGGGCCUCUCUGUUUGUCAAAAAAGUCACAGUUUCCCCGGCCGUACGCUUAGGUCACGCAGCGGCUUUACUGAAGGGUAACGCGCUCUACCCCUUGUCACGCAUCAAUGUGAAAACCUACUCCAUUCCCGAGAAUUCCAGGGUAUGUAAUCAGGAGAAUCUCUUUCUCGGGGCUAUGCCCAAAUACGUGGUAUUGGGCAUGGUAAACCACGAAGCCUUCACAGGCUCGAGAGAGCUGUCGCCCUUCAAUUUUAUCCACAACGACGUGGAAUAUCUGGCCCUCUGUCAGAACGGCAAACAGAUUCCCGCCAGAGCUUUCCAACCAAGAUUUAACGACGGGAUUUCGGUCAGAGAAUUUUACAACAUGUUCAUGGCCACAGGGAGACAUCUCAAGGAUUUGCCUCUGAGCAUCGAUCGUCGAGAAUUUAACGACGGUUACUCUUUGUUUGUAUUCAAUCUCAACCCGGGAGAAGACAACGACGCUUUGUCCCCCAUUUCCAACGGGAAUCUAAGACUGGAGAUGAGAUUCAGAGUUCCCCUGCCUCACACUACCACUCUGAUUGUGUACGCCUGUUACGAUUCCAUUUUGGAAAUCAACUCAAAACGGCAGGUGCUGGUGGAUUAUUAUUAA